AUGAGAAACUCAAUGCUCUUCUUCGGCUUUCUUCUGGCCUUCCUCGGCCUGGCUGUGCCAGGCACUGAGGGAGAAAUCAUCUCCCGAUGUGAGUUGGUGAAGAUCCUGCGUAAGCAUGGCUUAGAGGGCUUCAAGGGCACGACCAUAGCUGACUGGAUUUGCCUGGUGAAACACGAGAGCAAUUACAACACCGAAGCGUAUAACGACAAUGGUCCAAGCAGGGACUACGGGAUCUUUCAGAUCAACAGCAAGUACUGGUGUAAUGAUGGCAAGACCCGUGGAGCCGUCAAUGGCUGCCGUAUCAAUUGCUCAA